AAUUUUUAUUGUGUAGUUGUAAUUUACCGGUACCCAGGGCCUCUUUUGAUACCAGCCAAUGGCUGAAAGGGCUACCCUGCCUAUUGUAAAUAAAGUUGACUUGACUUGGCUUGACUAUACCUCCCUGUCAUAAAAGAGUUAUUAGUAGUUGUAGUAUUCCUGGAAACUAUAAUGCUCUAGGCGGAAGUCUCACCCCCGAUCAGAAAACUUCAAUCUUCUGCCAGCUACACCCUGUAAGCUUGGUGACCAAUUCUCGUAUCAGAACAAAUUUAGCUACAUAUGCAAAUAUCACUGGCUGGCCCCUUGAUUAGGACCCCAGCCCAAGCAGGGGGAGUUUAAGAUGGGUGGAGUAAAGUUGAGAAUUUCCCCCAGGAGUUGGGGAAUUUAACAAGACAAAAUCACUUGGGUCAAGUACUUCUCAAUGAAAAUCCCUGUGAUAUCUACCUCAUGUAACUAGGAUUAAGGGGAAUUAUUUUUUUUAUAGUUGCUCCCAUUUCAGUCUGCAUAGUGGGAGGAGGUGGUGCAGGCGGUGGGGUGGGGGGGGGGUGAUUUAUUUAUGCAAGACUGGAAUUAAAUUGGCUUUAAGGCUGUGAGAAGAAUUGGUGAGAAAUACCUUAGAGCAUGCGGAUAUGCUACACCUCAAACGUCAGAACCUCCAUACAAGACUCAAUCAUUCACUGUCGCAGAGAAAGGGUUAAUCGUGUCCAUGUUGUAGGUCAAAUCCAUUCUCAGUUUAAACCAGUAUUCAAGCUAGUAUGCCAUGGUAGAUCUCUCAGGAGAAGCUAAUCCCAGUAGGUUUGAUACUGGUUUAUCCAGAGUACAGAUUAUACCUACAGUACAUUAUUAGUUGCAGCCAUGUAAUUCAGUUGAAUUACCGGCAGUGAUUAUACUUACUUUGAAGUAAGCUUUUAUUUAGUGACUAUUUGUUUCCAGGGAAAAAGAACUUGCAAGAAUUGUUAUCAAAAAAGAAGAUGUUGAUUUAAUUGUAAGUACAAGUUGCAAAUCUUCUGUAUACCACAAUUACUGUACAGUACAAUAAACAUUACCACAGGUUGUUGUAUUGCUCAAUGUUUGUCAUGUAUUAUCAGUCUUUGUUUACAUGUAUGACUUUUCUUAUUACUUCUAAUGUCCACACUGAAAGUUAUGAAUAAUGUCAAGACAUUUUGGUAACUUAUUAAGUAGUACAUGGUUCGUACAAUCUUGAAAAAGUCUUGAAUUUUAAUAGUCGUCUUAUAAAAUCCCUGAAUUUGGUCAAGGUCCUUGGAAAGUACUUGAUUUUUUCAUAAGGGCUUAAAAAGUCCUUGAAAUUCACUACUUUAGUUUGAACCACUACUUUAGUUUACACCACAUCAUUUUGUGUGAAAGAAGAUUAUUUUUACAGAGAAAAAUUUAGCUCAUCCUCAGUCUAAGAUCUGUAAAACUCACAGGUCAAAAAAAAAACAUUGCUCUGCAUGAACGAUAUUAUCUUACUUUUCAGAUGCAACUACAAGUCAUACCCAGUGACUGUUGCCAUUUUGCAAAGUGGUGUUUCGGAAAUUACCGGUAGUAUAAAAUAAUGUGAUCAACCAUGGCUGAAGAAGUAAAAAGUGUAAUCAACCCCACUGAGUGUUUUAGCCAAUCAAAAGGGGUCAAAGAAUGCAGAUUUAUUGAGUUUAUCUUAGUUAGUUCUUGAAAACUGUGUGAUUUGUCCUUGAAAUGUCCAGUUGAAAAGUCCUUGAACUUUGUUAGUCUGAGGUUGUACGAACCAUGGUAGUACAUAUUUGGUUCGUCAUGAACUGUUUAAAAAAUAGGGACCUUAAGAUCCGAGGACGGCGACGGCAGUGAAAACGUCACUGAAAAAGCGAAUGCGCGUUCUUUCAAUCUUCAUCGCGAUUGCUCUAAGUCACUAACUUUGUCAAAUGUAGGCGAACCCUCUUAAAGUUGAAUUCCUAAGAACCAUAUCCAAGUUCAGAAAGAGAGAGGAAAUCUCGUCGUCGCUUGUGUACUUCCUCUGUACAUCGUGAAAUUAAGCAUUUUCACGUUGUAGUCGAGCAGUGACGGCAAAGAAAUGUACAAAAAAGAGUGAUGCACGUGCGAAAUUGUUGUUUUGCUAAUUAAACCUAUUGCUUUUGUGGCGUCCCCGUAGCCGUCGCCGUCAUCGGAUCUUAAGGUCCCUCAUAAUAGGUCAACUCCUGCUAUUGUAGACUACUUCGUGAAUUGUGAGUUAGGGUUGUUAAUAGCACAAGUCUGUGAUAGCAGAGUUUAUUUUAAUAAAACACCUGUAACUUAAUUUUCAUUGGAAAUUUAGCAGCUGUCCAUAUUAUAAGGGUGUCUAUAAUAAAGAGGGAGUGAUUUUGUGACCUCUGCGUCCUGCUUCCCUAAAGCAUAAAAAUCCCCAAAGACACAAAAUAGUUCAUGGCAUGCAUCCCUUAGGACGCAAAGAUUGAUUGAGCGAUCUGAACUUAUGUAUUUCUACAAACAUCCCAUCCGUGUAAUUUCUGUGGCAGUUAUUAUGGCUGUUGUUUAACGAUGCAUAUUUCUUUUAGCCUUUGUUGUGCUUCAAAAUAGAAGGUCUAUAUUUUAAUGUCAGUAUACUAUAAUAUAGAGUUUUGUAGUCUGUCUUCAUAUUAACUGUCUGGCCCAAGCAUUUUCAAUGUGGGCCUUUUUUUUUUAUUAUUAUUUUUUUUUAUUUUAACUGGGACUCAUUGGGUCACAGGGUCCAGAGGAGUUUUGUGUGAAUAAAUGAAUUACUUAUUUAAAGUCUCACCUUGAAAAAUGUCUAUACCUGUCGCUUAGCACGAUUAAUUAGCCUACUGCGAUCUUUAUAAAUCUACUGUAAACGAUUUCUUCGCUUCUUAUCUGACCCAGAUCGACUUUUGAAAAUCAAUGACCGCAAGCCAUAUUUUCGCUGGCGCACGGCACGUCACCCAAAGGGUGACCGAAGGCCGUCGCCCAAAGGGCGCCCGAGGCACGAGCUGAUCUUGCGAGCCCUCAGUCUCUUGGUUUGCAGCCUAUAGAAUGUGUAACGAAACUGUAACGCGAUCAAAAUAACCCAUUUUUUCAGAGGUUUUUGAUGGGUUUUGAUGUUCUUAUGACAAACACAUCUCCUCUGGACCCUGUGAUUGGGUCUGGACUGGGACUGAUGAUUAUAGGACUUACCAUAACUAUUUGUAACAAAAUCUUUGAGGAGGUGUCCAUAAGGUGAAAAGUUACUUUGCUGCAUUUUGUGGGUAAAUCUAUGUACAUGUACAAACUAUAUUUUUUACUGUUAUUACCCAGUUUGAACUUGUGGCCCUAUACUCAACACUUGCACCUUCUCGUGAGAUGAUCGCCAUAGAACUCUCAAUAGAACUGAAAAAUCUGGUUUUGUGAAUUGCUGGGGUUGAUACAGUGAAUGUAACAUCAUGUUUCAAAGGUUUCACACUUUGCUUUCUGCUGGCCUCACAAUACUGCAGGCUUGCUUUUACUUGGAGUGUAUGGAAGGAACGGGGUGGGGUGUCACAUGUUCUACAUUUCCCAGUCUUUCUCGCUCGCUUAACUAAUAAUUCUUAUGUCACCAAUGUAAUAUUGACCAGUGCAGUCAGUGUUGAUGUCAAGUACUUUUUUUAUUCAUGGAAGGUUGUUUGAAAUUCCAGGUUGAAGAAAUGGAAAUCCCAAGAGCCGCAGCAGAGAGAAGUUUACGAGAACACAAAGGAGAUGUAGUAGAGGCACUAGUGUCCCUAACAAACUAA